CAAAGCUCCAGCGGAUGUCUCAAAAACAAGUGGUUGCUUGAUUCCUCCAGAAAACACUUGUGGUGCCAGAAAAUGCAGAAACUAAACCCCUUAGGCCAGGGGUUGUCACUUCCAAGGGUAUUCCCUCCUGUGGGAAUAGUGAGCCUGUCUCCUUUGCCCUCCUUAACCCUCUGCCCUCCCUUGGCCUGACAGAUGGAGACAAGUAUUGGUGGUGCCCCUCGCUGCAGGAGGUCAUGGAAGCAUUUCACAGCCUGGGAGCCCACAGCCCUGCUGUGGGCCUGCAGGGCCUCUGCCAACACAAUGGGAGAGUGCUUAAAAACAACAUUAGCCUGAGCUGGAGUGAGCAGCAGGACACCCCCCCAGCGAUUGCCUUGGACAUUAGCCUGAGCUACAUCUGUAAGUUCCUGGCACUGUGUGCCCUCACCCAGCCAGUGGCCUACACUGAUGGGGACCUCUUGGGCCUGAUUGAGUUGCUGUGCCAAGCUGGCCUAGAUGUGGAGCUCCGCCUGCUGCCCAAGACCGAUCUUCAGCAGCUUCUGCUCCUGCUCCUUCAGAACAUCCAGGAGUGGCCAGGGAAGCUCCAGCAGCUCUGCUGCACCCUGAGCAAGGUGUCAGGUCACCACCACAACCUACUGGCACUCGUGCAGUUCUUCUUGGACGUGACCUCUCGAAGCAGGCAGCUUCGAAGCCAGCUCAGCCUCGUGAUCAUUGCCCAGAUGCUGGACCAGCAAGAGAUGCUCCCUCUCUGGGAAGAGAAGACCCAACUGUCUUCACUCAGCCAGCUCCUGACCCUCAUGAAGCCAUCAUCCCUCAGGCAAUAUCUGGGCUCUGAGACCUUGCCACCCUGCCGGGAGCAACAGCCAAAAGCCAGUGCUGAACUAGACCACAAGGUCUGCUACCUGUGCUACAGCCUGCUGACACUGGCUGGGGUGGUGGUCAGCUGCCAGGAUAUUACUCCAGACCAAUGGGGAGAUCUGCAGCUGCUCUGCCUGCAGUUGGACCGCCAUGUCAGCACCCAUAUCCGGGAGAGUCCCCAAGCCAUGCACUGGACCAGACUCAAGGACCUGGCUGCCCAGACCUAUAUCCGCUGGCAGGAGCUGCUGGCCCACUGCCAGCCCCAGGCUCAGUACUUCAACCCCUGGAAAGACAACAGUCUCCAACUGUUGGCUCUGGCAGGAAGUGAACAGGGCUCAAGGAAUAGGAGGAAGCAAAGAACAGAGGCCAGAGGAGGACCAGUGUGAUGAAGCAAGAGCCUGCCUCCACGCUGCCCCUGACCCCGACAGGACAAUGAACAUGAUGCCUCCCUGCCUGGCCUACCCCUCAGCCCUCCUUCCCAUUCCGGCUGCCUCCUCUGCCCCCAGGCCUUUAUGUCCACACUCCAGUUUCCCAGGGCCCUCCUGGGCCUUCCCCACUCUCCUUCCUUUCUCUGUCACUAAUGUGAGCUUUCUUUGUGCACACUAAAGUCUUAUUUCAGCA